AUGAGGUUGACGGCGUUGCUGUCCAUGGCCGCCCGGGUGGUAGUGCCCAAGAACUACCGUUACGGGAGCAGUAGGCCGUGGACCGUGGCUGCCAAGCGCCGUAAUCCGCCGGGCAAGACUAGAAACAAAGUGUUCGUGGAGCCGAUCGCGGACGAGGACUGGACUGUGCUCCGAGGGGACACUGUGGAGAUUUUGUCCGGAAAGGACAAAGGCAAACAGGGGAAGGUCACCCAAGUCUUCAGGCGCAGAAACUGGGUCAUACUUGAGGGUCUCAACACACAUUACAGAUAUAUUGGUAAAACUGAAGGCUACCGUGGGACGUACAUCGCCAGCGAAGCCCCCAUCUUGGUGCGGGACGUCGGCCUCGUCGACCCUGCAGACAGGAAGCCAACAGAGGUGGAGUGGAGGUUUACAGAAGAGGGUGAGAGGGUGCGAGUAUCGGUCCGGACUGGUCGCAUCAUCCCCAAACCGCUGUUUGAGAGACGUGACGGCAUUGUGCCUCAACAGUGGAAAGAUGGUCCCAAAGACACCAGCCCAGAGGACACGUUGGAGAAGACCUACACGCCCUCCUUGAAGACCCUGGAGGAGGAGGUAAUGGAGAAAAUGGGCAUCCAAGAGCACAGGAGGCACCAGCGCUCCUACUGGUACUGA